AUGGUGGUCAAUGUGGUGGACCAGGCAGCCACAGCCUCUCCUGACUGGUACUCCUCCAUCCUGGCAACCUGGACGGGUGGGUCGGCUGAUACAGGGGAGGUACAGCCAGCAUCUGAUCUGAGGGUCUUGGAGCCCCCAGCGGUAACCCAUAUCAACAAUGAUAGAAACACCUCACGGACAUGCAAAGAGCUGACCAGCAAGCAGCAGCAUGCCACACUGACCCGCCCAAGCGACCCAGCGCGGACUACAGUUCCCAGUGUGCCCCGGGCCCCGCCCCGCCCAGGUCCUGCCGGAGACCCCGAGUCGGGGCAGGGUGGCUGCGAGGACCGCGCGCUCCGAGCCGCGCUCGCGGGAAGCAGGCUCCGCCGGUCCUCCGCCAUGUUCCGCGGGCCGGGCCGGGCCGUGGGCCCGGUCCUCCGGGCGUGCUGGGCGCGGGGGUCCGGGAGCCGGGCAGGGGUCCCGGCCCGCGUGGUGGACCUGCGCAGCGACACGGUGACCAGGCCCGGGCCCGCCAUGAGGCGCGCCAUGGCCGAGGCGGCCGUGGGGGACGACGACUACGGCGAGGACCCCUCCGUCCGCGAGCUGCAGGAAAAGACUGCAGAGCUGCUUGGGGUGGAGUGGACUCUGUUUGUGCCCACGAACACCAUGGCCAACCUCAUCUCUGUGAUGGGUCACUGCCGGCGCCGGGGCUCCCAGCUCCUCCUUGGGCAGGAAAGCCACCUCCACGUCUAUGAGCAGGGCCUAGUGGCUCAGAUUGCUGGGGUGCAUUCCCACCCCCUCCCAGACCUGCCCCAUGGCACCCUGGACCUGGACGAGCUGGAGCGGGCCCUCACCCGUGGCCUGGGGAGCCCAUACCACCCCGUCUGUGAGCUCGUGUGCCUGGAGAACACGCAUAACAGCGCAGGGGGCCGGGUCCUCCCCAUCGACCACCUCCGCCAGGUGCACCGCCUGGCCCGGACACAUGGGGCCCGGGUCCACUUGGAUGGCGCCUGGCUGAUGAACGCAGCCGUGGCCCUGCGUGUGCCCCCUGCCUGCAUCGUGGAGCACUGCGACUCUGUGUCCUUCUGCUUCUCCAAGGGCCUGGGCGCACCUGUGGAGGCUGUGCUGGGGGGGCCCAAGGACUUCAUUGAAGAAGCCUGGCGACUCCGGAAGACCCUGGGCGGGGGCAUGCACCAGACCGGGGUGCUGGCUGCGGCUGCCCUGGUGGGCCUGGCCGGUGUGGAGGAGGUGUUGCGGAGGGACCAUAGCAACGCCCAGAGGUUCGCCCAAGGACUCCAGGAACUGGCAUCGCCCAUUUGCUCUGUGGACCCUGCUGCUGUGGAGACGAACAUCGUGCUGGUGAGAGUGGACGGGCUGCGGCCCGACGACCUGUGCCAGCGCCUGGAGAACGUGAGUGCUGAGGAGGUGGCCCAGACCGGCCAGGCCGUGCGCGUGCUGCUGUUUCCCUGGACAGAACGGGCCGUGCGCGCCGUGUGGCACCGCGACGUCUCCACACAGGACACUGAUCUGGCACUGCGGAAGUGGGAGUUUGUGCUGCGGCAGGUGGGGUCCUGAGGACAGGACCAGGAAGCCGGUGCCCUGGCUGGGACAGAGUGGGGGUGGAGGCCCUGGCCUAGUGGCCUGCCAGGGGUAAAGCUAAGCUGGUGCUUCCUGGGGAGAGUGUGUAUGCAAUGUCCCGUUCCCCCCC